UUGUGAGCAGAUGUAUCAGUGCUUAUGUUGGUUUAGAUUGUCAUCAAACACUCAAAAGAUGAAGUUUUCCUCCAUUCUGAUCUGUGGUCUCAUCUUGUCCUGCUUUUGUUCUAGAGCCACAGGUUCAAAAGAGGAGUUAUCCAUCAUACAGAGCCCAGCCAACAGCAUUACUGUGAAUGAGGGAGAUUCUGCUCAAAUCACCUGCUGCUGGAAUAAAGUCAACCAUUCAGUUAAAACUGUUUGGUAUAAGAAUGAGAAAAGAGUUGCUGCUGAAAAACAGCAACACAAAGAGGACUGUUCUAUACUGUACAUUACAAAAAUAACUAUGAAUGAUACAGGAGAUUAUUUUUGUAAACUGUAUCAAGACAUUCCAUACCUGCUUGAAUUUGAGGGAAACAGAACCACUAUAAUUGUCAAAGAAGGACAAGUAAGCACCUACACAACAACUACAGCCAAUGUUAAUUCAGUUUCGCUAUCAACUGCAACUGCUGCAACAGCAAGUUUUGUUAGCAGAACCACUACAACUCUUAUUGGAAUUCAUACAACAACUGAAGUUUUCAUCUCACCAAAAGUGGUCCCAGUAAUCACCAGUGUACCAGCCAAAAAGUCAGAAGUUGCAGACUAUCCAAAGAUAAAUCCAGAAGAUGAGAACUAUCAUUCUUUGGAUCCUCCCAGAGUACAGGGUAAUUCACGGGAGGUUGUGAUGAUUUAUUUUUUCAGAUGUUUGCCCUUCCUCUCUCUGCUGGCGGCAUUCUUUUACCUUAACAGAGAUGACAGAAGAGUCACGAAGUCAAAACCAGCAGUUGAGCAUGCAGUUGGAUCAGAAGAUGAACCAGAGGAAGAUCUGGAAUCAGGAAAUAAACGAAGGAAUGAAACUGAAGGUGUGGAACAGGGUGAGAAUGCUUCUGAAGGAGGGGAAACGAGAGAAAAUGCAGAGAAACCCUACACUGUUGAGGUGACGGAGGAAGAUGAAGAAAAACAUGAUGAAGGCAAUGAGACAGUUGUAAUUCUGGACAGUGAAAAUGAGUCAGUUCCAACGUGUGGCAAUGAAAAAGGGACAGAUUCUGUUUUGGACACCAAAGAAAGGACCGUUUCUGCACUGGGUGAUAGUGUUGUUUCAGCUCUGUGUCAGAGACAGGAAAUGAAUUGAUGGGCGUACUGUUCAGGUCUAUGAUGUAACGUCCUGUAUCACUCUUUGCUUGGAGUUUCUUAAUGGUUUGCAACAUAACAAAGUAUCGGCCACCACUGAAUUCUGAAAUGUAAUAAAUGAUAUUCCUAUUGAUAUUUAAUAAUAACAUACUGUAUGUCUUGUACACGCAUGGAUCUGUCUG